AUGCUGGUGGAGGCGCUGCAGGCCUUCCCUGCGGAGGUCACCCGCCGGAUGAACAGCCUCAACCCCGUACUGGGCCCCAACUGGGACGCUGCGGUGUUCAUUGACUACAUGUCAUUGCACCAGUUCCAGAGGAGUGAGGCGGAGGAGCCGUACUUCCAGGCGGCCAUGCGGGGGAUGCACACGCUGUACUGCCAUGAUCAGACCUUCACCCUCCGCCUGGAGGAUCUGACGCCCACGGAGUGGGCGCCGCCAAGAGAGGCGGUCAGCCUGUACAGCGCCAAGGACCGCGGCGUGUGCAGCGUCCCCCUGGCAAAGCUCCAUGCCCCGCCCGCCCACCAACGUGGGCACUGCCCUGCCACCUGCAGUGACUGGCCACUGCACGCCAAUACAACUCCGUACAACGAGCGGGGGUGGUGCGCUGCCGAACAGCAGUGGUCCCUUUCCAGGGGCAAGCCCUGGCGCAGCAUGCGCCUCCCCCUGGGCACGCCGGAGAUUUGCGAGGCCCCGCUGACCCCGGAGGCCUUCGCAGACGCCGUGCGGGCGGGGGGCCUGAAGUUCACCCAUCGCGGUGACGCGGAGCCGGUGCUGCAGCUGCAGCGCCACGUCUUUGAGACGAAAACCGCGGUGACCGCCAGCCUGGACUUCGCCGACCUGGGUCCGGACGGGGUGCGGGCGGCCGCAGACUGCCUGCCCCACUGCAGGCGGCUGACGGAGCUGAGGCUCAUCAACAGCAACGUGGGGGACGAGGGAGCCCAGGUCUUGGCCCGUGGCCUGGAGAAUUGCAGUCCCCUGGAGCUGCUGUGGCUCUUCACAAGCAGCAUCGGCGACAAUGGCUGCAAGGCUCCCUCCGGGGAAUUGGGCGGAGUGCGCCGGAGCCCGUGGCACCGGGGCCAAAGGCCCUGGGCCUCCGGGCCGCCCGCUGGGUCGCUGGGCAGGCGCUGGCCGCCGCCCUCGCCGGGCACCGCGGGCUCCGGGACCUGA